UUCGUUAUGGGUGGCUGCUUGAUAAGCAACGUCUGCCGUCCUCCUCGCCUCAAGGACCUACCGAUCCGUCCGCUAGAACCCUAACCCUAGAUUUCUCUCUCUCUCGCUUCCUCCCCGAGCGGUCCAAUGUCGUGGUCGACCCGCUUCCUUACGGCGGUGGCGUUCCUCGCGGUCGGCGUCGUCUUCGCGCCGGACGUCCUCGGCUCGGGGCCGGAAUCCCCCGCGGGCGCCAUCACCGCCGUCAAGCUCUGCCACCUCCUCGCCUUCGCCACCGCCUGGGGCGCCGCACUAUGGGUCACCUUCAUCGGUGGCAUCAUCAUGUUCAAAAAUCUGCCGAGGCAUCAGUUCGGAAAUCUUCAGAGCAAGAUGUUUCCAGCGUACUUCACGGUGGUGUCUGUUUGCGCGGCGGUUUCGGUAGCGGCGUUCGCCUAUCUCCAUCCGUGGAGGUCGGCUUCAUCCAUCGACAAGUAUCAGCUCGGGUUCCUCCUUUCUGCGCUCGGCUUCGACCUCUCCAACCUGAUCGUCUUCACUCCGAUGACCAUUGAGAUGAUGAAAAAGCGGCACAAAGUUGAGAGAGAUCUAAGCAUUGGUGAAGAAAUUGGAUGGUCUAAAAACAUGGAAGUGGCAAAAACAAAUCCGCAACUCGCAGCUAUGAACAAGAAAUUUGGAAUGAUUCAUGGCUUGUCUUCACUGGCCAACAUCAUGGCAUUCGGCAGCCUUGCCAUGCACUCGUGGUACUUGGCCGGGAAGAUUCAAUUAUAAACAAAGCCAACGGUCGUCACGGAUUCUUUGAAUUGUUCAGUUGCCGUUGGGAGAUUUUUCCUCUGACAUGAAACAGACGGAGAUCAAAUGCGCAGAGGUAAACGUUGACUACUACAUCUUUUGAAUGUUUACGUCAACGAUAAAAUCAUGCAGAAACUGCAAACCAUCCGUUAAAUUCACAUGCAUAGAUAUAAUUUCAAUUAAUGCAACUCAAAGAAGUGAUGCACGUAAAACAUUAAAGAAAUGAUGCUUAUUAGGAAAACAUUAAUGCAACUCAAACAUUAAUGCAGCAUUAAUAACUUUUCCACGUGAUAACUUAGAGCAGUCUAAAAUAUAUUGUUCCGGUGAAAAGAAAAUGCACCAUAAAUUUCUUCUUGAAUUUAGUUUGAUCUAAUUCCCAAAACAAAAUCCGAUCAACACACCAACUCCCUUUCUGCUUACUGAUUCCGGUGUGUGUAAUCAAAUUAAACCUAUGGGUCAGAGGAUUGUACAACAACAUUCAAAUCACAGACUCCUAAACUCACUUCGACAUUUAAAGUCCCUUUCUCAUUAUUCAAAGCUCAAGUUACACCCAACUUCAAGAAUACCAUGGCAUGA